ACGGUCACAAGGAGGCAGAUUCGAGGCCAGAAAACUGGGGAGGACGAUUUGAUUCAAGGGAUUUGAGAGGGAAGAAAAACCCGUCUAAAAGAGGUAAGAAAGGCCAGGGCAGAGAUUAAGAAUUGAGAGAAAACAGAAAAGCAGAGGCGGAAAUCGAGCAAGGCGCAAUCUUUGAGAGAGAGGAACCGGCAGCUAGGCAAGUGACAGUUAUCUUGUUCGUGGUUUAUGUCUGAUGUAAAUCAACCCAAGGUUUUGUAUCUUCCCGCUGAUGUUCUAUGCUUUCUCUUCUCAAACUGAUUCCAACCUACAAUGCUAAGCCACUAUCCAAAUUUUUGCCAUUGGAUCGAUUGGUUUAUAAAUCCUUUUCAGUAACUACAGAUUCUCUGCAGUUCAUGUUGGAUGGCUUCGAGAACAAGAACAGAGUUUCUGAUUUUGAUUUUCUAUUUCGUUCCUGCACAAAGGUCGAUGACGCUAAGCAGCUUCAUGCUUUUCUUGUGACAUUGGGAAAAUUUCAAAAUGUUUUUCUGUCUGCCAAGCUGGUCAAUUUAUAUGCUUACCUUGGGGAUGUCUCGUUCUCUCGGUAUAGUUUUAACCAAAUUCAAAAUAAGGAUGUCCAUACUUGGAAUUCAAUGGUAGCUGUGUAUGUUCGCAGUGGCCAAUAUUAUGAAGCCUUAAAAUGUUUCUGUGAAUUCUUGUCCAACUCUGGUCUUCGACCUGAUUUUUACACCUUCCCUCCUGUGUUGAAAGCAUGUAAAUAUCUGGUUGAUGGGAAGAAAAUACAUUGCUGGGUUUUCAAAACAGGAUUUGAGGAGGAUGUAUUUGUGGCUGCUUCCUUGAUCCAUUUGUAUGCACGGUUUGGUGCCUUAGAUUCUGCCUACAACUUAUUUAUUGACAUGCCAGUUCGAGAUUUGGGAUCUUGGAAUGCAAUGAUUUCUGGGUUUUGCCUGAAUGGGAAUGCAGCUGGGGCAUUGGAGGUCUUGAAUAACAUGAAGGCUGAGGGGGUAAACAUGGAUCCAAUUACUGUGUCAAGUCUACUCCCUGUUUGUGCACAAUCAGAUGAUAUCAUUAAUGGGAUUUUGAUUCAUUCAUAUGUUAUAAAGCAUGGGCUGGAAACUCACCUGUUCGUUUCCAAUGCUUUAAUCAACAUGUAUUCCAAGUUUGGUUACUUGAGGGACGCACAAAGAGUUUUUGAUCACAUGAAAGUGAGGGACCUGGUAACUUGGAACUCCAUAAUUGCUGCAUAUGAGCAGAAUAAUGAUCCAAUCGUGGCAUUUGAAUUUUAUAAAGAUAUGCAGCUGAUAGGAAUUCAACCUGACUUGCUUACAGUUGUGAGUUUAGCCUCUAUGUUUGGUCAGUUGAGUGAUGUAAAGCAUGGCAGGUCUGUUCAUGGAUUUGUUAUGAGACAUGAUUGGCUUGAUCAGGAUGUUGUGAUUGGAAAUGCACUGGUGAACAUGUAUGCAAAAUUAGGUGCUAUAGAUCGUUCACGAAGAGUUUUUGAACUACUUCCUAUCAAAGAUGUAGUUUCAUGGAACACUUUAAUCGCAGGUUAUGCUCAAAAUGGUCUUGCAAGUGAGGGAAUUGAUGCUUAUAACAUGAUGGAAGAGUAUGGAAAGAUAAUCCCAAAUCAAGGGACUUGGGUGAGCAUUCUACCUGCAUAUUCUCACGUGGGAGCUUUGCAACAAGGAAUGAAGGUCCAUGGGAGGCUAAUAAAAAACUGCUUGUACCUGGAUGUCUUUGUGGGUACCUGCUUGAUUGACAUGUAUGGAAAAUGUGGGAGUUUAGAUAAUGCAAUUUCUUUAUUCUAUGAAGUCCCACAGGAAACAUCAAUUCCUUGGAAUGCCAUAAUCUCCUGUCAUGGAAUUCAUGGGCAUGGAGAAAUUGCUCUCAAACUGUUCAAAGAUAUGCUUGCUCAAGGAGUAAAGCCAGAUCAUGUAACCUUUUUAUCUCUCUUGUCUGCCUGUAGCCAUGCAGGUUUAGUUGAUCAGGGUCAAUGGUGCUUUGACAUCAUGCAGAAAGAGUAUGGGAUCAUGCCAAGCUUGAAGCAUUAUGGCUGCAUGGUGGAUUUACUAGGUAGAGCAGGGUAUCUUGAAAAGGCAUAUAGUUUAGUGAGCAAUAUGCCUUUGAAACCUGAUGCAUCCAUUUGGGGUGCUCUUCUCGCUGCUUGUAGAGUACAUGGGAAUGUUGCGUUGGGCACCUUGGCUUCUAAGCACUUAUUUGAGGUCGAUCCAGAGAAUGUUGGUUACUAUGUUUUGUUGUCCAAUAUUUAUGCCAAUGUUGGAAAAUGGGAAGGUGCAGUUAAAGUAAGAUCAUUGGCCAGAGACAGGGGAUUGAGGAAGACUCCUGGGUGGAGUUCUGUCAUAGUGGGCAGUAAAGUUGAAAUAUUUUAUACUGGCAACCGAACUCAUCCAAAAUACAUGGCAAUAUACAAUGAACUAAGAGAUUUGACUGCCAAAAUGAAAAACCUUGGUUAUGUUCCAGACUAUAGCUUUGUCUUGCAGGAUGUUGAAGAUGAUGAGAAGGAGCAGAUUCUGACAAGUCAUAGUGAGAGGCUGGCAAUUGCAUUUGGAAUUAUUAGCACCCCACCUAGAAGCCUAAUUAGGAUAUUUAAGAACUUGCGCGUUUGUGGUGAUUGUCAUAAUGCAUUUAAGUACAUCUCCAAACUUACUGAGAGGGAGAUUGUUGUGAGGGAUUCAAACCGUUUUCAUCACUUUAAAGACGGAAUUUGCUCAUGUGGUGAUUAUUGGUGAAAAACGGUUGGUUGGUAAUCAUGGAAUUUUGUCUAGUGAUUGAUAUUCUCAAUUACUCAAAUUCAUACAACUGCAUACUAAUUUGCCAAUUGAGGACGUAUGGGAGCAGUGACAUUCAUUUGUUUUGGAAGUCAGUUGAUUCUAAAGGUCUCAUUUUGUCCCUGCUUACCUUUUAUUGUUCAGUUGGAGUUGAUUAACUGGGCUAGAAGAUUAUGGUGUUGUAAUUUUUUUUUUUUC